AUGCAUAUCGAAGAAUCUCCGGCCCUAGAGCCAAUUGCCAUUGUCGGAAUGGCAUGCCGACUUCCUGGUGGCAUUGAUUCCUCCAAGUCCAUGUGGGACUUGCUCAAGGCAAAGGGAACAGUUCGUACUGCUAAGGUGCCGGCGAACCGCUUCAACAUCGAUGCAUACCUACAUGAGAACUUGGAUCGUCCAGGUAGCUUCAAUGUACCGGGAGGGUACUUUCUGGAUGGCAGCCUAGAGGACUUCGAUCCCAGCCUCUUCAAUAUAUCUCCUGUCGAGGCCAUGUGGCUCGACCCGCAGCAGCGGAAGAUGCUCGAGGUGACUUACGAGUGCUUCGAGUCUGCAGGCAUUCCCCUUGAAUCCGUUGCAGGGUCAAACACUGGAGUCUACGUGGGCAGUUUUACCGCCGACUAUCAGCAAAUGUCAUUCAAGGAGGCUGACUUCCGGCAUAGCUAUGCUGCCACAGGAGUUGACCCAGGCAUUAUCAGCACUCGCCUGGGCAACGUGUUUGACCUAAGGGGCCCCAAUUCGACUAUUAACACAGCCUGCUCUUCUUCUAUCUAUGCUGUUCAUCAGGCGUGCAACUCCUUGCGCGCGCAUGAUUGCGACGCCGCGAUCGCUGGUGGAGUUAAUCUCAUUCUAACAGUUGACCAGCACAUUAAUACGGCUAAGCUCGGCGUCUUGUCCCCAACAUCUACCUGUCACACAUUUGAUGCCUCGGCAGACGGAUACGGUAGAGGGGAGGGCGCCGGGGCACUUUAUCUACGACGUCUCUCUGAUGCGCUCCGUGACGGCGAUCCUGUCCGGGCGAUUAUCAGAGGCUCCGCUGUCAACUCAAACGGCAAGGUACCUGGUUAUGGCAUCACAUACCCCAGCAUCAGGGGUCAGGAGGCCGUAGUUCGUGCUGCCUACGCACAGGCACGUCUUGACCCGCUUGAAACGGACUACGUCGAAUGCCACGGCACCGGAACGCCCGUGGGCGAUCCGAUUGAAACACAGGCCAUUGCCACAGCGAUGAAUGAUACUCGCCCCGCUGAUAGGCCAUUGAUUGUUGGAGCUGUCAAGCCCAGUAUAGGCCACAGCGAGGCGGCAAGCGGCAUUUUUGCAAUCAUCAAGGCGGCCAUGAUGACGGAGUCGGGAAUUAUCCCAGGCGUCUACGGUUUGGAGAAUGUGAACCCAGCCAUCCUUGAAAAGGAGUGGAACAUUGUGGUCUCCAAGGAUACUCGGACAUGGCCCCAGGAUGGUUCGCUGAUCCGCCGUGCUGGCGUUUCGUCCUUUGGUUAUGGCGGAACCAAUGGGCAUGUCAUUGUCGAAGAGCCACGAGGAGCGAGUCCUUUCUCUGUUGGCCGCCGCAAGCAAGAGGCUAGUUAUUUCUUUUCGGGUAAUUCCGUCAAGAGACCUUAUCUGGUUGGCUUCUCUGCUCAUGAUCGCCGUACUCUGGAGCGCAACAUCGAGGCACACGCGCGCGUCGCGUCGGAUUUCCACUUGCCAGACCUCGCGUACACUCUGUUAGUUAAAAGAUCCCGGUUCCCUGUACGAGGCUUCACUGUCACUACAGAAGAGACCCUUGAAGAAGCCCUCCAGACUUCGUCGAUGACCUUCGGAACAGCGCUGGCAACGCCUCCACAGCUUGGCUUUGUCUUCACUGGACAAGGUGCUCAAUGGCCCGCCCUCGGCGCCGCCGCAAUGGAGGCCUUCCCCUCAUUCCUUGCCACCAUCCGAGCCCUUGACGCUGUCCUGCAAAGUCUCGACUUUGCCCGUCCCCAAUGGAGCCUGGAGGAUGCGCUUAAACAGCCAGCAGGGGAGGCAAACAAGAUCAACGACGCUGAAAUCUCUCAGCCAGUCUGCACAGCCGUCCAAAUUGCCAUCGUUGACCUCUUUGACGAGUGGGACAUCACGCCAACAGUCACCGUGGGCCACUCGUCUGGUGAAAUUGCCGCUGCUUACGCCGCUGGCUUCAUUUCAGCCCCGGAGGCCAUGAUGGCUGCUUAUCUGCGCGGAUAUGCAGUCUCAAAAUACGCUCCAGUUGGCGCCAUGUUAGCUGUGGGACUAGGCUCAGAGGAUUCGCAGGCUUGGCUCCCAGAGGACGGCUCCAUCACGGUCGCCUGUCAAAACUCGCCGUCGAGUACGACCCUCAGCGGAUCAUGUGAGGCCAUCUCCAUACUCGCCAAGAAGCUCCAGGAGGAGCAGAUAUUUGCACGAGAGCUGCCCACCGGCCGAGCCUAUCACUCGCAGCAUAUGCUUCCCGUUGGUCAGGUAUAUGACUACAUGCUGAUCCGAGCUACAUCCGCUCUAAGCGACGAUGCGAAAGAUUCGUGGCGCCGACCCCGUACGACUUGGAUAUCAUCAGUAACUGGCGCCGAAUUCACCAAUGAGCAGAUUGAGCCUACGUACUGGAGCCGUAAUCUGGUCAGUCGGGUUCGUUUCGACGAGGCCAUUGUUGCUUUGGGGCAACAUGAAGCUCUAACCAGCGUGAAGGCCAUGGUAGAGAUUGGCCCGCAUCCUGCUCUCUCGGGUCCUUUCAAACAGAUCUGCCAGGCAAAUGAUCUCAAAGGUUUCACCUACACAGCCUCGCUGGUGCGUAACAAGGACAGCGCCGAGCAGCUCCUUCGAACUGCAGGUGCUCUCUUUUUGCAGAACUAUCCCAUCGACGUGCAAGCAGUCAACUGGACAGGCGAGGAAAAGCAGUUCCCCAGGCUGCUCGUCGAUCUGCCGCCUUACCAGUGGAACUACGACAAGACGUACUGGGCCGAGCCACGACUGAGUGAUGAGCAGCGGCAUCCCACGCAUGGACGCCAUGACCUGCUGGGAAGCAAGAUGUUCGGUCUCUCGAGCAAAUCCAUGGCCUGGAAAAAUUUCCUUCGACACCGAGACAUUCCUUGGCUCAAGGACCAUCGGUUGGGCAACGAAGAUAUUUUCCCCGCUGCUGCCCACCUGUCAAUGGCUGCUGAGGCUUUGUGGCAGGUCUGUGACCUCCGAGGCGAGCAGAUUGAGAGUGUGACAUUCCGAGACGUCAUUCUAACUGUUGCACUCGCCAUCCCCGACAAUGAAGAUGGUGUUGAGACGCAGCUACGCUUUGAUGCAAUCGAUGAAACCUGGUUCAAGUUUUCAGUGCAAUCAUGGUCGGAAGGCCAGUGGAACGUUCAUUGCGAAGGCCUUAUUGCCGCCAACCAUCGCCCACAGUCCGUGUCAAGCGAUCGAGACCACCCCGUCGAUACUGCCAGCCUCAAGCAGCGCGUUGCUGCCAAACACUGGUACGACGGGUUCAAGAGAGUCGGUUUUGAAUACGGACCCACCUUCCAGACUAUGAGCAACAUUCGCACCAACCAAAAUAUCCGGCAGGCUGCGAGCGAUGUCAGUGUGUUGACCAAAAGCACUGCCGCCAUGGCAGGCGAAUCCCGCUAUUUGCUGCACCCAUCGACCAUCGAUGGCUGUUUGCAUCUGGUCAUUGUUUCCAUCAAUUCUGGUCGGUACGCUGAGAUGCAGCAUGGCGUGGUUCCCAUCAAGUUUGAGGAGAUCACCGUAUGGCCCCAGAAGAAUGACGAGGCCAUUAUUGGCCAGGCAGUUGGAUGGUGUGAUGAGCAAAAUGGUCGUUACUUCGACUGCGGCACCAAACUGAUCGGAGCAGACGGACAAACGAUUUUGGAUGGCCGCAACCUGCGGUGUGUCUCAUAUGAAGCCGCUGUGCCCCAAGAAAACAGCACAAAGCGAGAGCGAGAGCCUUAUGUGGAGACAGUCUGGAAUCCAGACGUGACCACCUUGACCUCAAAGCAGGCUACCGGCAUAUUUGAGUCAGCUAGCACAGAGGGAGACAUGAUCACGAAGUUCUUGGAGCUUCUGAGUCAUAAGAAACAUGUUCCCAACGUUCUUAUCAUCUCGGAGGACGAUGCUGCAAUUGUUCAAGCAGUUUCAGCCACGGCCUCUCCUCUCACAUCGGUGACCGCCAUCGCGUCGCCCCAGCUCAAACAAGAGUUCGAGUCUGGCCAUCUUUCUCCCAAUGUCAAAGUGAUCACCAAGAACAGCGACAAAGAAUUCGACUGGAAUGGUGUACUGGCUGGACCCCAUAAUCUGGUCAUCGUCAAGAAGGAACAGGAUGCGCCUGAUCUAAACUUGCUUGAGCAGCUCGCAUCUCAAAUGGAACAAAAGGGACAGGCCCUCUUCUCCAUUCCGACAACAUCGGUCGACUCUUUUGAGUCUUUACUACGGAAAGCCGGCUUUUCGGGCAUCGACUUCCUCUAUCCAUGCCCAGAGACGUCGGUGAUUGCCUCAACUCUGCUGGGGGAGACGCCGAACGCCCCCGCUGUUGAUGCGUCACACAUCACUGUCAUCCGAAGCAAUGACGAGCCUUGGACAUGGUCACCCUCAGGGCUUAGUGGCAAUAAUGUCGUGAUAACUGACAACAUCUCCCACGUUAGCGAAGCCGACCUAGCCCGCACUGGAAAGAUCAUUAUCGACGACUCUGCCGGUACUCUUUGGUCGGAUUUGAAUGACAGCACAUUCCAAUCCCUUAAGUCCGCCCUCACUGGUGAAAUCCCUGUUGUAUGGCUCACCUCCGGCGUGAAUCAAGGUGUGUCCUUGAAUGCGGGAAUGUGCGCGGGCCUUCUGCGCGUCGUGCGAUCUGAAUUUGCCUCUGCGAAACUUUUGUGGCUGGACGUCGAUCGCGAACAAGAUUUGGCGACUGUGACCGAGGCACUCAAUGCCAAGCUGGGCCAUGUUAUGACCAAGAAUUCUGGCUCUGACACUGAAUUCUGGCUUCGUGAUGGAGUCUUCAAUAUCCCGCGCGUGGUGCCCCACAAGCAGUUGAACCAGCAAUUCUCUGCCAACUCCGGCCAGCCACACGAAAUUGUUCUCCCUCAAGACAGAACGCUCAAAGGAAAAGUCCUCGACGGGCAGGUCGUCUUCCGCGAUCAGAAGAACGGCCCCUUGGAGCAGGGCGAAGUGCAGCUUCUUGUCGAAUACGCCAGCACCACUACCCCUACGCUCGUGUCCGGGACUGUCACCAAUGCACACGCCGGAUUGGAUCAAUCUAUACUAGGGCGCAAGGCUGUUGUGUUCACUUCUGAAUCCCUUCAAACAACAAUCAAGGCUCAACUGAGCCUUUGCGUGUUCCUUGGAGAUGCUCAGGCCCAACCUGCCCUAGUAGCCUCUCUACCCAGUCUUGUUGGCGCUCUCAACGCUAUCAAGGGGCUGGCAAAUGCACGAACUGGCGAACGUAUUCUCGCACUCCCCUCGGCAUCUGCUUCAUUCCAGGCUGCCAUUUCUGUUAUCGCAGCCUCGUUGAAGUUGCAUCUGACCAUUGUCGCCACAACACUGGCCCAAAAAGAGGCCUUGAUUCAGCAUUACACCAUUGCGUCUGACAGCAUUGAAGUCGCGGGCAAUGCAGCUUCGAUCUAUGGAAAUCUCAAGCAGAAAGUGGGGAAUGCCGAUGUGAUCAUCUCAAACGAUUUCACGCCUCUCGCCCAAGAGGCCUGGCGGUCGAUCCCAGCUGGUGCUAGGUUCGUGCUUGACGGUGGAGUGCUUGACAGGGCUCCUGAUGUAGUUCCAUUCUCCAGAGGGGCUUCAUUCUUCUCUACUGGGCUCUCUGGAUUACAGAAGCGGGAUCCUGGAACUGUUACGAGACUACUCGGCGACGCGUCUGCGUUUUUGGAAGCAAACGGAUGUUUCGAGAGCGAGCCCGCACUGGUCGACAUUUCAGACGCUGCCUAUGUCAAGUCUUCAAAUCUCAAAGCCUCUGUCAUCAAGUAUGACUAUGGCGUCAGCAAGGUCAAGGCUCAGCCAAUGGAAAGAACCAUCUCUUUCUCUCCCGACGCCGCUUAUCUUCUCGUGGGCUGCCUAGGUGGUCUUGGUCGCAGCUUAACAGCUUUCAUGAUGGAGCGUGGCGCAAGGAACUUUGUCUUCCUCUCUCGCUCUGGGGCAGACAAGCCCGAUGCAGCAGCGUUGGUGAAAUCACUUCGUGAAGCCGCUGCUACCGCCGAUGUCCACCGAGGCGACGCGUCCAACCAGGCCGAUGUGGAUAGUGUUGUCUCUGAGGUCACCAAGACGCGUCAGAUCCGCGGCGUUGUGCAUGCUGCCAUGGUGCUGCAAGACGCCAUGUUUGACAGUAUGAACCUGUCCCAAUUCCAAGCAGUCAUCGAGCCAAAGGCCAAGGGCGCACAGGCUCUGCAUACCGCGUUACAACACCAUAAUCUGGACUUCUUCGUCAUGACCAGCUCCAUCUCAGCAACCUUGGGCAACCCAGGCCAAGCCAACUACUGUGCCGCCAACAGUUACCUCGAUGCUCUAGCUUGGCAUCGCAAUCUGCGUGGUCUUCCCGCUGUAUCACUAGUUCUCCCCAUGGUUCUUGGUGUUGGAGUCGUGGCUGAGAAUAGCAACAUCGAAACGGCGCUUGCCAAGAAGGCCAUGUACGGUAUAGAUGAGCGCGAAAUGCUGCGCGGUUUCGAGACGGCAAUGAUGCAGCCUGUUCCUACUAUAGGGAAGAACGUCUCUCUCGGCGACAGUCAGAUCAUCCUCGGUUUGGAAUCGACGUUCUUGGCUACCGCCAUUCGCGAAUCGGGCUCCACGGACGCGGCUUAUUGGUACUCAGAUGCACGGUUUGGGUCUCUGCGCACCACUGUCGAUGACAUGAGCAAGCAAUCUGCAGGUGGAGACAACAACAUGGCCGCGGCGAUGCUGGCGGCUCACUCUGCAGAAAUUGACUCUGCAGCAAUCUUUCUGGGUUGCGACUUCGUUAUCAAGAAGCUAUCUGCCAUGCUUUUGAUUCCAGUCGAAGAGUUUGAAUUGGAGGGCCGAUCUGUGGGGUCAUAUGGUCUGGACAGUAUGGUUGGUACUGACUUGCGCAACUGGUUGUUCAAUCAAUUUGGAUUGCAAAUGUCAUUCCAGACAUUGUUGGGAGCAAAGAUGUCCGUCACGGCCUUGGCCACCGCCAUCCUCCAGCAACUGACGUCGGGGGAUUCCUAA